GUUAGUCUAGUAAGGUCAUACUAGACGCAGAUUCCAGCAGAGGAGAAAAAAAAGUGCCCGACUUAAAUUCUUCUGUUGGUUUCGUAGUAAAUUUUCGCUUUUCGGUGUCAAAUCAAAGCGCUUAAAUCGGAAAAAGUCAAGAAAAAACGAAACAAUUAAAUUAAAAAUCAAAUUGGUUCUAAUAGAUGAAAAACGCUUUUUACUAGUGGACUAUAAUAUAAUAAACAUAAGUGUUUUGAUUGUUUGUGCAGGUGCAAAAUCGAUCUAGUGAACUGAAAACUGCGACUCUGAAAUCGGCCGAGUUAGCGCAUUAUUGCCCCGAUUGUUGUUAUUGGAAAAUGUUGUUCGUUUGGGAAAAUUGUGCCAUCGCUUUUUCGUAGUUUGCGUACGUGUGUGUGCGUGUCGAGUGUGUGCCAGUAAAUUAAGUUAAUUAAAAACUUAGCUAACUCUCAUUUUUACCGCCCCCGCCAUGAGUAACUAUCAUCCGCACGCGCUAUCACAUCCGCAUCCGCAGCAGGUCCAGAAUCAGCUGCAGAAUCCCCUACACAACCAGUUGCCGCCCCCGCAGCGCCAUAACCAUGCCACGCCCACAGCUGUUUCAUCCGCCUCCGGAGGAGCAUCAUCAUCAUCCAUUUUGGUGGCCCAUCCUCCCCAGCCGCUCAUCAGCAAUUCACUGGCCAUUCGCCAGGAGAUCCAGCGUUUCGAAAGCGUCCACCCAUCCAUCUAUGCCAUAUACGAGCUGAUCGAUCUUCUGCCGCUGGCCGAUGCUCAGAUAGCCCAGUCUAUCCGCGACCAUGUGGUCUGCAUUGAAGAUUCGUUUGUGAACAGUCAGGAAUGGACGAUUUCGCGGUCGGUACCGGAUUUGAGAUUGGGAAUAGUUGGUUCCCUGAACUCCGGAAAGUCGGCCCUGGUGCAUCGGUAUCUCACUGGCUCCUACAUGCAGGAGGAGUCGCCCGAAGGGGGUCGCUUCAAGAAGGAGGUCUUCAUCGACGGCCAGAGCUACUUGCUACUCAUUCGCGAUGAGGGUGGAGCUCCCGAAAUGCAGUUCGCUGGCUGGGUGGAUGCGGUAAUCUUCGUGUUCAGUCUGGAGAACGAGGGCAGCUUUAAUACCGUCUACAACUACUAUACAAAAAUGGCACAUUUCCGAAAUGGCCAGGAAAUACCCAUGAUAUUGGUCGGAACGCAAGAUGCCAUCAGCGAGCGCAAUCCUCGCGUGAUUGAUGACACCCGUGCGAGGAAAUUGGCCAGCGACCUAAAGCGCUGCUCCUACUACGAGACCUGUGCCACCUAUGGCCUAAAUGUGGAGCGUGUCUUUCAGGAUGCCUGUCAAAAGAUCCUGUCGCAACGCCUGCCCUUGCCACCACAGGUGCAACCGCCGAGACCUACAACCCCGCAGGGCAAUCGUUUGGGUUUAGCGCCUUAUCAGGCACCCACCAAUGGACAACGUGGUCAGCAGCAGCUGCCACUGCGAAUGAGUGCGGAUUUCGCCCAGGCGGAGCAGAAGCUGUGGUCCCUGCAAGGAGCCAGCAGCUCAACCACCAACGAGAACAACAACAUCACCAAAUACAAUCCCGGAGCAGCCAAUCCACUACAGGGUGAUUGCUCUCAAGUGCAGUUGCGGGAUCCACGCGACCUGGCGCCACCGCCGGGUAAGGAACUGCCCACACCUACCUCGACGCCUACGACGAGCCGCAAGAGCCGGCGGCGCUCAAACCUGUUCAUUCCCUCCUCCUCGAAGAAGGCAGACAAGGAGAAGGAGCCGAAGAGCAGUGAGCUGGGCAGUGGACGUUCCAUACCCAUAAAACAGGGUUAUUUGUACAAGCGAUCUAGCAAGUCUUUGAACAAGGAGUGGAAGAAGAAGUACGUGACACUCUGUGAUGAUGGAAGACUUACCUAUCACCCUUCCCUGCAUGACUACAUGGACGAUGUGCAUGGCAAGGAGAUUCCGCUGCAGUACGUCACCGUCAAGGUGCCGGGACAGAAGCCUCGUGGCUCCAAGAGCAUCAUCACGAACAGUGCGCUUACCAGUUCUCUGAUGGCCAAUGGUCAAAGAGCUCAAAAUACCCUGAGCGAUGGCAUCGGUUGUCUCACCCUGGCCAAGGACAAUCAGCGAAAGCUGAGCGAGAAACUAUCUUUACUGGGUGCCGGAUCGGGGGCAGCUGGCGGCGCUGGGGAGCCAUUAAAGUCGAACAGCUCACAGCAGACAAGCGGGGACGAGGGCAUAGCCAUGUCCAAUUCGAAUUCACAGACUUUCAUAGCCGGUGAAGCGGCCAACAUAGCCAAUAAAUUGGAGGCCCAGACGCCGAAUGUUAAGAAGCGACAUCGCCGUAUGAAGAGCAGCAGUGUAAAGGCCAAUGAGGCAGACGACAACGAUGGCUACGAAUUCUACAUUGUAUCGCUGGACUCCAAGCAGUGGCACUUCGAGGCUGCCAAUUCUGAAGAGCGCGACGAGUGGGUGGCGGCCGUCGAGCAAGAGAUCUUCAAGAGCCUACAAAGCAUCGAGAGCAGCAAGACCAAACAGGCCACCAGCACCGAUCUGGCCGCAAUGCUGGCCAUUCGACAGCGAGUUCCCGGAAACGGCUUCUGCGUCGACUGUGGAGCGCCAAAUCCUGAAUGGGCCAGCUUGAAUUUGGGCGUACUCAUGUGCAUCGAAUGCUCGGGAGUUCAUCGCAAUCUUGGCUCGCAUAUAUCCAAAGUUCGCUCUCUGGGUCUGGAUGACUGGCCAUCUCCGCAUCUCAGUGUGAUGCUGGCCAUUGGCAACAGUCUGGCCAACUCCGUCUGGGAGUCGAACACGAGACAACGAGUGAAGCCCACUUCACAGGCCAGCCGGGAGGAGAAGGAGCGAUGGGUGCGCAGCAAAUAUGAGGGCAAGGAGUUCCUGACCCCACUGGGCAAUGGAUCCUCAGCACAUCCCAGCCCGAGUCCGGGUCAGCAGCUGAUCGAGGCUGUGAUCAGGGCGGACAUCAAGUCGAUUGUUUCGAUCUUGGCCAACUGUCCGUCCGAGGUGACCAAUGCCAAUGUGAGCGCCAGGGAUGUGCGAACUCCAUUGCUGCUGGCCUGUGCCAUAGGCAAUCUGGCCAUUGCACAGCUGCUCAUAUGGAAUGGCGCCAACAUCAAGCACACGGAUCACGAAGGUCGCACAUGCUUGGCUUACGCUCGAGCGGCACAAUCUCUGGCCACCGCCAAGUCGAUAAAAGCUGCUGCAGCUGCGCAAGCGGGCACUACGAUUCCGGCGCCUGCUCCACCCACAAACGGAGGCAUUCCUGCUCCUCAAUACAAUGUGGAGGACACGACGGCGCUGGUGGAGCUGCUCGAGGGAUUGGGCUGCCCGGAGGCGGCACCACUGACGGCCAGUGGCACCUUGCCCAGGAGACGCGACACGCUAGGCACGCCCUACGAGAAGUCCGUGUCCGGUGUGAUCUGAAUUAGUUAAAAUUGAAAUAAGAUUAACAUGAAUUUUCGUAGCAAUUGUACAAUUUUUAGACUUUGUUGUUCGUAACGGAAUUAGUUUAAAUUCUAUCGGUAAAAUUGUAUAGCGUUUAGUGUUUAGGUUUUAGGAAUGUUGUGCAAAUGUUUUAUAUGACUAUUAUUAUUUGGCAAGCGUUGAAUGGAAAUUCACAAAUUUUAUUUAUGUUUUUUUUUUUAGUUUGUUUAGUUUCUAAGCCAAGAAACCUGUACAGCCUUGUUGUAAUCUCAAGUGUAUAAUUUAUUAUUUUCGUAUUACGUAUUACUAUUCUUAUUGUUUUUAUCGUGUACAGGUUUUUUAUCGUUUGCAAAACAAUUAUUUAGUAAUUAUAUUUAUUAUGUUGUAACUCUCGAUAACCACAUCAGCAGAUUGCAAAAAGACUUUGUGGAAAGAAAAACAUACUUGUACACCUUUAACAAUUGAUAAAAGCUGAUGCAAAAUAUACGUAUAAACGAAAUGAAUCUAAGAUUAAAGCCAAAAACAAACUUAUACUAUACAAUAUACACGAACAUAUAUAUAUUAUA